GUUUCCUCCGACAAACUACCUACCUUGGGUUUCCAACCUUUUCCCUAGGAGACUUUCCCACCCAGUUCGGCCUAGGUAUAGUCGUCAGCUUCUUUAUUUUUCGACUCUCGGGCUCAAAAUGCAGCCCAUCACAGCGGAACAACCUGGCCACAAACUAACGCCGCUACCAAAGCCGCUACCAAAGCCGCUACCCACAUGGAUCAAGCUACGCAUCGCGCUCAUUAAGCCGUUGCAUCGUGGCAAGGUUAUUGUGCUGCCAUUUGGUAGAAUCCUCAAGAUGAACGCCCCAGCAAACGAAAUGGCCUCUAUGGAAUUUGUACGGGCGAAUACCACUAUCCCAGUACCUAAGAUACUCGAUAUCUACGAGCUACAGCCCGACGGGUCAGCCCAUAUUCUUAUGACGCGAGUCCAGGGGACGUUAUUUUCCCACGCCCUCCACACAAUGAACCCCGUCCAGGUCCAAUCUGUUGUAUCCGACCUGUCAGGGUACCUUGCUCAAAUGCACCGACUUACCCAGCCAACUCAAGCCCCAACUUCACAAGGACCUACCAUUGGCGGUACGACCCAAGGGCCUGGAUAUGACCACAGCCUCGGCUCUUAUGUAUGGGGCCCUUUCCCCACGGUCGCUGAUUUCCACACAUACGUCCGCUUCGGGGAGCCGCUCGAGGACUGGGUCCACGAACCGGCCGUCAUGGAAGUGCACGCAAAGCCCGAGGCGUACCGGGUUCGGUAUUCGCACGCAGACUUGGCCCCGCACAACAUUAUCGUUGAUCCCAAGGCGGGCAAGAUCACGGGCAUCAUCGACUGGGAGUUUGGCGGUUGGUACCCGGAGUACUGGGAGUAUAUCAAGAUACACUACGCACCCCGGCGGCAGUGGGCGGAGUAUUAUGCGGCCAUUGACAAGGAGGAAGGGAUCCAAAAGUACCCGAAGGAGCAGGCUGCCGAGGAGGUCAUCUGGCUUAGGGCAGGCCCCUUUGGAUAUGAUCGAUAGCAAUCGAUGGGAAUAUCAGCCUGUCCCUUUGGCUUGGGAGACUGAGCUUGAGGGCAGGCUCUUUGAGAGAGGAGAUGGGUCGUCGGGAACGUCGGCGGCAAGGGACCUGGAGGGGCGACUCUGGGUUCAUAAUGCAAGUGGCGCGUGGGAUACAACUGUUAGUGGUUGGUUUGGGAAGGUGACGGUGGCCUAUGAUCCAGGAGCUAGUUACAACACCCGCUGAUCAGUUUGGAUAAUUGACAGAUUUGGGAUCA